GGAGGGGCGUGGCACUGCCUGGUGGUGGUGGUGGUGAGUGAUGAUCCAGCUUUCCUCGUCGCCUUCGCCCACCUGUCACUCAGGCGUCACGCCCUCAGGUGGUCAACGAGGGUCCUUGUCCUCACACGUCUCCCUCUCAGCCACCUUGGCGGUCUGCACAGCCUUCUCUCCACCAGGAACGCCAUGCUGCUGCACGUGCAGGGGGGCGAGGAGGCUAUAAAACAAGAUCAUAUUACUUUUUGCAUCUUUAGUUUAUUUUUCGUUCACUUUUUCGUCAGUGAGGUGGACGUGUCGGUGUGGCAGCCGUACAGCGCCCCCAGCAGCACGCCCCUGAGGGUGGCCACCUGGACGCCAAGCAGGAGGCUGACUCUCACCUCCCACGUGUCGCUCUUCCCCGAUAAGUUUUUUGUGUCUGUAUAUUCAAGUCCAUUGCCAUGGUCGUCCAGGUUUAGCCAUGCUCCGAGCCUCACCGUGGCAGUGGAGCUGCUGCCUCAUACAACACUGGUGUGGGUGGACGACCCGGACGCUGUGGGAGGGCGUCGCCUGGAAUACUCGGGUUACGUAAACAAUAUCGUGAGGUAUCUCGCACAGGCAAUGAACUUUACGACCAGGUACGUGCUGUCCCCCGAAAGAACCUUCGGCACCAAGCUGCCUGACGGCUCCUGGACCGGCAUGAUCGGCAUGGUGGUGCGGGAGAUAUGCAAUGACAUUGUCUAUAAUGAUCCAUUUUACCAGGAAGCCGACUUCGCCACAGGCCCUUUUAUCACAACUCUGGUCAGAAAGCAAGCAGCAGAUCUCUCAACAACGUUUUAUCACGGCAACGUAAGAAUCGUGAGCGGUCUGGCCGGCCUAAGAGUAGACCUGUGGGGCUUCCUGCUGCCUCUCACGCCCCACGUGUGGACAGCCACCCUGGCGGCGCUUCUCGGGGUACUUGGUGCUUUACAAGUCUUUUCCUCCUGCAUGCCAAAUAGGGCGUAUAAGACGUUAUGCAAAGACAGCUGGUCCUCCAACACCUUCAGCUCCGUGCGUGUUCUCCUGCAGCAAGGUGAGGCCCCAGACACCGUGUUGGGCCUUCCUGCCGGGCUGCCUUGUGUCUUGAAUGUUUCCGUGCUCUCAGGGAGCAGCAGUCGUGUUCUAAUGAAGACUAACUCACCGCAUCCAUUCACUCCAACACAGACGUGGUGUCCCGCGCAGGGGUGGGAGCGUCUGGUGCUGGGGCUGUGGAUGGUGACUGUACUGGUGUUAGCAAAGAGUUACGCCGGCAACCUCAUGUCCCUGCUGGCCGUGAGAUACGUGCCGCAGCCCUUCCAGACUCUGAGGGACGUCCUGGACCACCCCAGCGUCGCCAUGAUAUGGCAAAAAUUAUCUACCUACGAACAGUUUAUCAGGGACGUGAAGCAUGGCCAGUUUCGUGAGGUGGCGGAGCUGGAGGACAAGGGCCGCCUGUUGUUCCACACCCAGCAGGAGAUGAGGGAAGGUUUGGACACCCUCGUGAGGAGAGGGCGCCACGUGCUCAUUGACGUGGACAUUAGCUUGAAGAGCCGCAUUGCUCUAGACUUUUCACAAAAAGGCCAGUGUGACUUUUACAUAUCAAGGGACGGGUUUCUGCCUUUGUCGGCUGCCAUGAUGACCCAGAAGACCAAUCCUCUCGUUCUCGGAUUCAACAAAAGAUUUCAUACAGCAAUAGAGCAAGGCUUAAUAACGUACUGGAUGGAGAACGUGCCAAAUUUCACCCAAUGUGAAAACAUUCCCAAGAAAAUGGUAGUCAACUCAAACAUCUUUCUUCACAACAUCUGGGGAAUGUUUGCAGUGCUGGCUGGGGGUCUGGCUGCCGGCGUGCUGGUCCUAUGUGCCGAGGUGCUGGUCAGCCUCGUGCCCAAGUCUUCGCAACAUCAACUUACAUGA